CUAACCUUCGCACCCGGAUCCGAACGCAUUAUCAAAUCAUUACGUCCCUUUCUCCACUAUUUCCCCCAAUUAAAAGAGUAAAUCAUUUUUUUUAAUUUUUUUUGUUCAGCUCUACUCCUUCAAUUUCUACCUCAAUUGUCGCCCAAUUCUUCUCUUUUCCUUUGCCCAAAGUUCCCAACCUCCUUUUCACCUGACCAAUAUAGCAGCUGGAAAUUUUCCUCUUCUCUCUUCCCAAAUUCCGCCCCAAAACCUCCAAAUUCUAGGGUUUUCAUUUUCAAUCAUCUGUUGAACUUUGGAUCAGUGUUUCAUUUUAUUUCCCUUUUAGAGGUUCCGAUUGUUGGGUUUGUGGGGAAUUUUGGGGGAUUAUUAGAAAUAUAUAAGAGAAAGAGAUGAGUUUUCAAGAUCUUGAAUCGGGUCGGUCGUUGGGGCCCCGACGGGGAUAUAUGAAUGGAAAGCAAGACCCGACUCAAGCUGUGGCGUCUGGAAUCUUCCAGAUUAAUACUGCUGUUUCAACGUUUCAAAGGCUGGUCAAUACACUCGGAACACCCAAAGAUACCCCCGAGCUACGUGAGAAAUUGCACAAGACGAGGGUACAUAUUGGUCAAUUAGUGAAAGAUACAUCUGCAAAACUUAAGCAAGCCAGUGAAACAGAUCAUCGUAUUGAAGUCAGUGCUAGCAAGAAAAUAACAGAUGCUAAACUCGCUAAAGAUUUUCAAGCGGUCUUGAAGGAGUUUCAAAAGGCUCAGCGGCUUGCAGCUGAGAGGGAGACAGCAUAUACACCUUUUGUUCCCCAAGCAGUUCUUCCUUCUAGUUAUACAGCCAGUGAGAUAGAUGUUUCUACGGAAAAGAGUCCAGAACAGCGAGCUCUCCUUGUGGAAUCUAGAAGACAGGAGGUUUUGCUAUUGGACAAUGGGAUUGCUUUUAAUGAAGCAAUUAUCGAAGAAAGAGAGCAGGGAAUACAAGAAAUACAACAACAAAUUGGUGAAGUGAAUGAAAUUUUUAAGGACCUUGCUGUGCUUGUUCACGAGCAAGGAGCUAUGAUUGAUGAUAUUGGUUCCAACGUUGAGAAUGCUCAUGCUGCAACUGCACAGGGGAGAUCGCAACUUGCUAAAGCUGCAAAGACCCAAAGAUCAAAUUCAUCUCUGACUUGCUUGCUCCUAGUGAUUUUUGGAAUCGUGCUCCUCAUUGUGAUUAUAGUACUUGCAGCCUGAGCUGAAAAUUACUGGGAUAUAGAAAAAGAGCCCUACACUCUGUUCAGUCACAGAAGUGAUUGUUUUGAUUCGAAAAAAGGUGACUGCUGUGAUUCGCAUCGUUUCAAAGGCACCCUGGAGCUCAGUCAUCCUGAUCCUUGGUUCUUCUAGUCAUAGGAGAAGUUGCGUAAUUAGGGAGGUGGGAGACCAAAGGUUUCCAUUCAAUGUAAACCUGGUGCGAUGGUUGCAAGAUGUGUUGCUUCGAUGUAAUGAUGGGUCUGUCAAUAAAAGUUUAUUCUUGUUUGGAGGGGCAACCUCUUCUAUUUGCACUUUGGGUACUCUUAAACCAGUUGACAUUUGACAUUCAAUUCUUUGUUGAUUCUUGUGUGUGAAGCUAUCAUUAAUUUGAUUUGUUGAUUUCCUUG